GUCAUACUUCUGGAAUGGAUGGCUUUUAUUCGGCCAAUCGCGAAUUCAUCUGGACCGCAGGUGGGACACGCUGGAACGAUCAGCAUGACUCGAUGAAGGACGAGGGAGCAUAUAAGACUUCACUUUGCAAUCCCGGAAUGUUACUGGCCUCGAAUCUUGUAACAUCGUUGAGCUGCCGCGCAAACUCCAGAACUCGGACAGCUUAACCAUGGACAACGCUACAACCGCCACAGCCACGAUAUCCCCGGAUGUAGCGUCGUCUUUAUCAGCGGAGGUCCGCUCAGUACUAUCGACGCUCCUAUCCUUCUCUGCUUUGGGAGAUUGGGCGAAGUUGCUUAUCCUCGGCGGCUUGCUCGAGACGUGCCGCCGUCUCUUGUUUCGCUGCCGUGACGCCACCGCGCGCAUGUUCUGGGUCACCGCGACGUUCGACGCCCACGACUAUCCUUACCGCUGGGUCCUCUAUUGGCUGUCACGUCAUCCGGUUUGGAAGCGAGCACGUACGGUCGAGGUUUCUACUCGGAGCUUCGGACUUGGCGGCAUGACCGAUGACGACGACGACGGUAUUGAGAGUACCACCUCCCGCUGCCUAUCCUACCUUCCGAAGCUCGAAGAUACAUAUUCGCUGUGGUAUAAGCGGCGAUAUAUGAUUGUGCAACGAGAAGAAAAGUCAGCGGGGUUUUAUAACAUGAGAGAGUGUCUUGAGAUCAGCAUUCUGUCGAUGGACCGAAGUAUACUGCAGAGCCUGAUUGACGAGGCACGUCAGUCAUACAAGGAGGCGGAAAGAAAAGUCGUCUCCGUAUUUUCAGCGGACACCGGGAGUAAAUGGAAGCUCAUGACAUCACGCCCCAAACGUCCUCUCAGCUCUAUCAUACUCGAACCGGGAAUCAAGGAACUCCUGAUCAAUGACGCCCGCGAUUUCCUGAGUAGCCGCAAGUGGUAUGCCGACAGAGGGAUCCCGUUCCGCCGCGGGUAUCUUCUGUAUGGCCCACCAGGCACCGGGAAGACGUCCAUGAUUCAAAGCAUCGCAGGAGAGCUGGGCCUAAACGUCUACAUCGUGACGCUCAGUCGCGCGGGCAUGGACGACAGCUCAUUGAACGAGCUAAUCUCAAAUAUGCCCAAUCAAUGCAUCGCGCUCAUGGAAGACAUCGACGCUGCUAUAACAGGGGUCGCGCGCGACCUUUCAGAACCUGUGGCAGCUGAGCCGCCUUUCCUGGCAGGUGGCAGCAGUGACGAGAAAGCCGCCAUCGCCAAGGCACUGCAUAACGAAGGGAAGCGCAAUGACUCCCAAUCCCGCCUCAGCCUCUCGGGUCUUCUUAACGCGCUCGAUGGUAUCGGUGCCCAGGAGGGACGCAUCCUGUUUGCGACGACGAACAAUUACCAGGUUCUUGACCCUGCGCUCUGCCGUCCUGGGCGGAUGGAUCUCCACGUCGAGUUCAAGCUGGCGAGCCGAUACCAGGCGGAGAGCCUCUACAAAUGCUUUUACAUGCCUGAAGGCCCCGACGACGCCGCGGACGAGCACGUAGACGAAGGCUACGAGUCGAAACGCGAUAGUAUCGACAGCGACGAACCAGACAGCGAGCCUCAGAGCCCAAGCGUCUCUGAAGACAUGCCUCUCCUGCUGCUAUCGCCUUCUGCAUCACAGCAGGUGACAGAGGCUCCUCGGCCACCGCCCUUCAAGACGCUGCAGCCAGGUCAACGAAAGCCAGCCUUACCCAAUCAAUUCCUCUCCCACCGCGAAGCACUGACACUAGCCACCCGAUUUUCUGAGGCGAUCCCAGAGGGCGAGAUGUCGAUGGCGAGUCUCCAGGGAUACCUGAUGAGGUACAAGAGCCGGCCGCGCGAGGCGGUGGCGGAUGCAAUUGCGUGGGUCAAGAAGGAGAGGGCGGCGAAGAAAGAUCAGAAGUAAGUUUGCUAAGACCCAGUUUCGCCGUAUCGACGACCGUCUCGCCAUUCCCGACCCCAUGUUCUGAAUCGCGUUAUGACCAUUAGCGACCUUUGAGGCCUAGUCCUACAAAUCUGUAUCAAUCUGAUAUGAGCAGUCAAUAUUGUUUGAAGCGAACGUUGCCAC